AUGGGUCCUGUGAUGAUUGGUACUAAGCAUGACAUGCUUACCAAGUUCCUAAUGCUUAAGCCGCUGGUCUUUCAUGGCACUAAGAAUAAGGAUGCCUAUGAGUUCAGCCUUGACUGCUAUGAGAGGUUGCACAAGCUGGGUAUAGUGCACCAAUAUGGAGUAGAGUUUGUGACAUUUCAGCUGCAAGAAAAGUAUGUGCCCUGUUCCUUAAGGGACAGAAACAAGGAUGACUUUAUGGCAUUAGAGCAGGGAGGAUUAUUAGUGGCUGCUUAUGAGGCCAAGUUUUAUGCGUUGUCCAGGUAUGCUACCCAGCUAAUCACUACAAAGGAGGAGAGAAUCAAGUUUUUUAUGAAAGGGUUGAACCCCGAGUUGCAGGUAGAAGGUGUGAGAAGAGAUGAACAGGCCAAAGCUUUGGCCAAGAAGCCCAAAAGCACAGGCAAGAACGAGGCAGAGGCAUUUAACGCAGUAAUCAUAUAUACUAUUCUUGUUUGUGAUCGGAUAGCUACUGUGUUGUUUGAUUCAGGUUCUACUUAUUCUUAUGUGUCUGUGAAAUAUGUCUUGGAUUUUGAUGCAUUGUGUGAUAUACUAGAUGCCCCUGUCCUUUUUUAUACCCAUGUUGGAGAGUCUGGAUAUCACCAGUUGAAAAUUAGGCCUGAGAAUGUGCCCAAAACAACUUUUAGAACCAAGUUUGAACACUAUGAAUUUUUGGUGAUGUCUUCUGAGUUGACUAAUCCACCUGCCGCUUUUAUGAGUUUUAUAAAUGGGGUGUUCAAUCCAUUCCUGGAUUCUUUUGUGAUCGUGUUUAUAGAUGAUUUAUUGACCCGCAAAAGAUUGAAGCAGAACUGGGCUUGGCCUAGUUCCGUGACUGAGGUUAGAAGUUUUGUGAGACUGGCCAGUUAUUAUCGCCGGUUCUUGAAGAAAUUUGCUUCUAUUGCUGCUCAUUUGACUAGGCUGACUAAAAAUGAGGUGCCAUUCGAGUGGACUGACAAGUGCGAAGAGAGCUUGCAAAAGUAUAAGAAUGUUGUAGCUUAUGCUUCGCAACAUUUGAAGGUGCAUGAGAGGAACUACCCAACUCAUGAUUUAGAGUUGACAGCGGUAGUGUUUGCACUGAAAAUCUGGAGGCAUUAUUUCUAUGGAGUCAAGUGUGAGGCCCUAGAGGCCAGGUUCAUGAGACUAGGCAUCUCAGAGAAAAGUGGGGUAAUGGCCAAUAUUGAGAUAGAAGAGAUCAAAGCCAAGCAAUUUGAGGAUGAGACUUUGAAUGAAAUUAGAGGAAAUGUGUUGAUGGGCAAGGCUCAAGAUUCAACACUUGAUGCAGGUGGGAAAGAAUCUGCUGACUGUAAGGAGAGGGAUGUGAAUUUUGAGGCUGGUGAGCAGGGCCAGUGGCGUACAGAUUGGCCUUACCACCUAGCUUGUCUAAAAGGAUACCCGGUGCUUUAUGUAUUGAUGCUGAAAAAGUACCAUAGAUAUUGGGACUUGGUGUUAUUAGACAAGGACCUUCAGUAUGAGGAAGAACCAGUUGCAAUCCCUGAUCGUGAUAUCUGGAAUUGA